GCGCGAACAACCAACUCUGGAUCCUGCUGAAGUAGGAAUAUGUUCGAGGAGUUAACACGUUUCAUCAGUUAUCGUUUCCUAGCUUAAUUAGGUCGAACGAGUGUUAAUUAGUACUAACUAGUGUGUUAUGUGAGGUAUGGAAAUUUCGCCGAGUCAAUGGAUUUUAAUUAUGUUUAGUACAUUUAUUAUUGGAAUGGACAGUUUAAAGGAAAUUGAAAUAAGCAUACCAGUUGCGGUACGAGUGCGAGACACCAUUUCGCUUCAAUGCAAAUACGAUUUGGAAGGAGAACCAUUAUACACGGUCAAAUGGUAUAAAGGUACAAAGGAGUUUUUUAGGUUUGUUCCUAAAGAAUUGCCAAAUACUAAGGUGUUUGCGUUACCUGGGAUUGAUGUAGAUUUAAGUAAGAGCACUCCAAACGAAGUGGUUUUAAGAAAUGUUCAGCCGGAAGUAACUGGACGAUAUAAAUGCGAAGUUUCAUCGGAUGCCCCUUAUUUCGAUACCAAAUGGAAUUCGGGUUACAUUUAUGUAAUUGAUGCUCCCUUGGAUGACCCCUCAUUAUUAAUAGAAAAAAACUACGUAGAUGUAGGUGAUUUUAUUACUGGAAACUGUACGACAUUGCCCUCGUAUCCAGCGACAAAUGUUAGUUGGUAUCUUAAUGGCAAACGAAUUCCUGAGAGGUUUUCUAAAAAGCUCGAAGUAACGCCGGAAUUCAUGUCGAGUCGACGCAAGCAUUAUGUUACGAUGUCUGGAAUUGAAUUACAAAUUAUGGAAAGCACAUUUCAGAAUGGAAAAGCAUUUUUGAGCUGUGUAGCAUCCCUCUUCAACAUAUACCGGGGAGAAAGAAAAGAAGUAUUGGAAGAAGCCAAACCGAGACCACGUCCAUCUUCCGUUUUAAGUUCAAGGGACGAAAGAUCAGGAGGACAACAAUUGGAAAUAUUGCCUACCCUAAUAGUUUUGGUUUUUUUGCUUAUAAUAUAUGUACAUAGAUAGAAGAUCUAGGGAGGUCAUCAUAUAUUUUUUUUAAAGAUGGAAUAACAGGGGGAUUUUUCCAAUGAUGAUUUCGGAAUUUUUUAUCAUGGAAGAAACUUUCGACUAUAGAAAAGCAGAGAAGUUGUUUAGGUACCGUAAGCAAAAUAUUUUUUCUAUAGUAUAGACAAAGUCUGCUGAUAUAAUGUAUUGCUAAAUACGGAAUCAUCAAAAGUUUUAAUCUGUUUUUUUUUUUUUUUUCAUAAUAAAAUUAUUGUAAAUAAUACUUGGGUAGUAGAAAGGACAUUAAUAACUGGAUACAAUCAAUGUUAAAUUUAGGCACGAUUUUACCAACUUCCAAGUUCAUUUUGUAUUAAAUUAUAGUGAAUAAAUAUAUAUUUAUUUUAAUUUAUUAGAAAUACAUACAUAUACAGGGUGUUUACGGUCUUGUGAUUUUAUUUUUAAGCGGUGAAUAAACACCUUAAAAAGUGUGAUUAACGCUAAACACCCCAAUGGAAAUCAAACAAUAAGAGAGAUAUGAUUUUUUUAAAUUUAUACUACUUCCGAUUUUUAAAUGGAUUGGUAGGGAGGGUCCGGUUAGAUAGCCUCCACGUUCACCCGACCUUAGUCCAGUAGAUUUUUAUUUAUGGAGCGAUGAAAUAGUUGACCUCGCAGAUCUUCGUAACCGUGUUGAAUUAGCUGCGAACACCAUUAGACAGCAAGGCCUAGGACUUGGACGUUAUGCCGAUUCAUGGAUACGUCGAGCGAGACUUUGUAUUCAACAACAGGGCGAUUACUUUGAGCACCUGUUGUAGUGGUUUUCUAAUAACUAAGUGAUCACAUCAUAUUUGAAAAUAAAAUUGUAACAAAUUUAAAAAAUUCAUAUCUCCCUUAGUGUUUCACUUUAGGGUGUUUUGGCAUUAAUCACAUUUUUUUAAGGUGUUUAUUCACCCCUCAAAAAUAAAAUCACAAGACCGUAAACACCCUGUACAAUAAUUUUAGUUGGGAAUUUUCGAGAAUCUAAGAAUUUUGAAGUUGGAUAAAUCUGGCUUUACUUGAGGCGCAGUUUUCUAUGUACUGAAUUAGUUAGGUAUUCAACUCUCUGUGAUUAUAUAAACAGAAUACGUAUUAUCAAAAUCUUUGGAUGAUUUAUAUCCCUUUAAAAUGUGUCUCCAUAUUCAUGAAAUUUCUGCCGAUGGAUGCUAGAAACGAGUUUUCUUCUUUUUAAUUGACGUUAAUCAACGAUAACUCCACAGAAAAAAAAAUCACAUGGGGUUAAAUCACACGGCUUGGUAGCCAUUGUAUCAAAAUGAAACUACAAAAAAAAAUCGCACCCGCGUAUCAUCGUACGCGGUGUUGGACUCCAUUACUUAACUUUCAGCUUUUAUUUUUGCCUCAUCUUCAAACAAACUAAGCUCUUUUGGUGUGUGUAUGUAUGUGAUGGAGGUGUCAGUUGCGCCGCGACCAAGGUUGAUCUAUUAUACCCGUCCUUCUGCUGCUAAGUUCGGGUUUCCUGCUCAAAGCAGCCCCUCCAGUCCCAGGUCCUUGAGGAACCUUAGGAUAUCCAGUGGUUCGUCUUUGUCUGUAUAAGGGCACUCCCCAGGUUCUGCAUCCUUGAGCGACUAACGGCAUAGCAAUUCAGUAAAAGAUGGUGAGGUGUCUCUUUUCCGUCUUCACAAAAUCCACCAUCAUUGAAUUCACAUGCCGCCUUCGUCUAACCACAACUUAUGUAGGUGUUUCUUAAGUCUGCAAUGUCCCAAGAGAACCCCGGUUAGAGUCUUGAGACUUUUCUUGCUAAGGUUGACCAGCAGUUCUGAUCCUUUUUGGUUGAAGUUGUCCAAUAGAUCUUUGACCUGUCAUAGUCCUGGCUGUUCUAGCCAUUGUUCCUUAGCCGGUUCUCUUCUUUUUUGAGAAUUUUUUCGAAGUGCGCAUUUCCGACGCCGCAAAAUGGUUCCGGCCCAUUGAAGGGAGUAGACGCUCCCAUUCUUGCAAGUCUGUCUGCGCAUUCGUUGCUUUCGACACCUAUGUGUUCGAGCACCCAGAGGAGGGUUACUUUAUUUUGUUUUCCCAGCUCAUUUAUCUUCUGUAGACAUUUCCAUACUGUCUUAGAAUUGAUGGCCGGGGAUCUAAAUGCUUUGAUAGCUGCUUGGCUGUCAGACAAUAUUACAAUCCCUCGUUUCCGAUAACUUCUGUUCUGGUUAAACUGCACGCAUCUUUCGAUCGCAUGAAUUUCCGCUUGAAAUAUGCUUGGUGAUUUCACCAUUGGCUCCGAGUAUCUGGUCCGUGGCCCGAAUACUUCGGCUCCAGUUCUCUCAGCAGUUUUGGAACCGUCUGUGUACCAUUUGAUGGUGUUUGCUUUAGGGGAUUGGAUAGAUUCCAUGUUCCAUCUGUUUUUUGUACUUAGUUCGAUGGAAAAGUUUUUCUCAAAACUGAAUUUAUCGAAAAUCAAGUCUUUUGGUAGAUCCAUGAGGUCCUAAUCCAGUUUGGGAGAGGAAAAGUUCUGCCAAGGUGCAUUUCCCUUUGUAAACCUAUCUCCUCCAAUCUUAGACAUGAUCCACUGGCAACCCGCUUCACUAUUAUGCGGAGUGGUGUGAGGUCUAGAACGACUUCUAGUGCCGCGGAUGGGCAUGAUCUCAUUUCUCCUUUUAUACAGAGACACGCGAGCUCUUGCACUAUUCCUAGGGUUUGCCUAGCUGUAACUAGUUCGGCUAUACCAGGCUACCGCUCCGUAGGUGAUGAUAGGUCUCAAUAUCAUGGUAUACAUGCAUCUUAGGAUUGAUGGGUUACAACCUCAUGUUUCACCCGCAAUAUUUUUGCAGACCAUGAGUGCCGAAAUUGCUUUGUUUUUUGUGUUCUCUACAUGUCGGUUCGAGAGACGUUCAGAAUCUAGGGUUAUUCCUAGGAAUUUAACUUCUUUUUUCCAAUCAAGUCUGCUUCCAUCGAGGCGAUUGUUUCUCAAGUUGGGGAGUUUCGUUAUUUUUGUAAAUGUUACCAGUAUGGUUUUUGCUGAGUUUAGAUUCAGCCUCACUGUCUGAUACCAUUCCUUCGUGGCUCGAAGUGCUUUUUCUAUAAUAUCGCAGAGUAUAAGGAGCGGUAGUUUGCUCCUGUUGCAGUACUUGACUAGUCUCUGUACAGUAACCUGAUGCCAGUACUAGGUCGCGGUGUGGUUGAUCAGUGAUAAGAUUUACCCGAACAGUGACCAAGUCCCGCGACGUAAAUUCUGAAAGACAUAAAUGAUUAAUAUUCUCUUUCAGGAGAAUACAUGCUUUAGGCUCGUUACACCGACUGUCCCAGAUUGAUUUUGCCCCGUUACUUGGUAGACCUUUGAUCUGAACCUUAUAUAUCCAAGGCUCUUGUAUUAAUGGGCCGUGUGCCGACUUGAACAACCGCGAUAUGGCAGCAGAUGCUUCCCUAGCGUGAUAUGUGUUCAGUUGGGCUAUUUUGGUGUAAUUCGCCAUCUUACCCGUUAAUAUUGUCUCUUCUGGUGUGGUGGAGUGUUGGCCUCCCAUUCGCCCAGAAGCAUAUUUUCUUCCUCGCUGGGAAUUUCCUCUACCCGAGUGAGAGUCUUUUCCCUUUCUUCUUCUCUUCCUUCUUUUUCUGAAGGAGUCUCGGGUUUGGACCCUGAAGAGGUGCUUUGGGUCCUCGCCUGUUUCAUCUUUUUCUUUUCUCUUCUUGAGGUCGUGUACGGGGAUUUUCCCGAUCCUGUAGAAGAUGCUGUGACUCAUCUUCUUGAUGGUUUCACAGGAUCCAUCGCCUAAGCCGAUGUUUAAUAGCUGGCCGUUACCUGAGAUGGUCCCGCCUGCUGGCUGUCUUGGAUGUCAUGCUCCAUUCGGUCAGGGAUUGGCUUAGCGGUGUCAUCCCGCUUUUCUUGGUUUGUUUGUUGCAAAUUCAUAUUAUCCAUGUUAUUCCUACGAAUAGCUAGGGAAAUAAAGGUCGACCACCUCGGAGCCCCUCUCAUUUGGUGUAUCGCCUCACUCAAAUUUUUCCUCUAUGAUGGUUCUAGCUUCUGUUCCAACAUUAAAGUUGGUAUUCUGGAUGAAAGUCUGUUGUCGUUAAAUUUCUAAAGAGUGCUUGAAAUCUUUUAAAAAUGAUUUUUCAAUUAAACUUUCCAACCUUCAUCUGAAUUAAUUAGUUAAAUAUAUGGUAAACUGUGCCCGAAGUAAACAUAAGUAAGUGAUUAAAUUUUGUUUCAAAUAAUUUUAGUAGGUACCAAAUCAAUGAAGAAAUCAAAACGAACAUUUUUAUUAUUUGAAGAGUGUAUGAAUAUAUCAUUGUAUCUGCAUUAUCUAAUUUGAUUUAUUGUUUUAGAAAUAUAUUAAUGUUGUAAAUAAAUCAAUAUUAG